AUGUCCUUCAGACUCAUCGCCUCCGUCGCUGUCCUAGCAACCGCCGUCCUGGCCAAGACUGACCUCGCCGGCUGCGUCUCCUCCGACACCAUCGUCACGCCCACUCAAGGCGGUACCCCUUACGCGACCCGUGUCUGGUACGUUCCCGACACCGGCGAGAUCUGCGCCGCCCUCGACUGCGGUGGUGGCCGCGCCCCUCCCAAGACUACUGUUCCGGGCUGCGGCUCGUAUGAGGGCACCGAGACGUACUCGCCCUCGUUCCUGCCUCUGAAGACCAGCGCCACGGCUGUCGCCCAGACUACGCUGCCGUCCGUCAUCACAUCGGCCCCCGAAAGCACCAUCACCAGCGCUAUCGAGAGUGCUACCGCAACUGAGACCAAGUCGAGUGAAACUGAGGCAGUUGAGAGCCAGACUGGAAGCGAUAUCGCGACAUCGCCUUCGGCAUCGACCACUGUUGUCCUCCCUGCGACCGGACUGAACGCAACGGCCUCUUUCUUGACGACAACCGCCACAUCAGGGUCUGGUCGCCAGACCUCUAUCCGGGGGAGUGGACCAGCCGCAUCUGCUGCAACCUCUGCAAACGCCCCCAAUGGCGCGGCUCCCACCGGAGCGUCGCGCGAACUGUUCGCUCUCGUUGCUGGAGUGGCUAUGGGAGCGGCCUUGAUGUAG